AUGAUUGAUGGAAAGGGAAUCGUAAAAGUUGCUGAUUUUGGACUAACAGAAGAUAUGUACUGCAGAAAGUACUUUCGUCGAGACAAAAGUGAACCUGGCGGUGAAGAGAAAGUCCCCAUUAGAUGGAUGGCUCCUGAGAGCAUCAAGAAUGACAUCUACAAUGAGGCUACUGAUGUUUGGUCAUUUGGUGUGACAAUGUGGGAAAUUUUUACAUGUGGGAAUGUGCCCUAUAAUGGAAUACAUGCCAUGGGCAUUCUCCCAGAGCUGGAAAGAGGAGCAGUUCUGGAGAUCCCUGACAAUAAAGCCAGCAGUGACGACAUAUACCAACUUAUGGGUUCAUGCUGGAAGUUGGAUGCAGCUAUGCGUCCCAGGUUCAGCAGACUGGUUACUACAAUAAACAGUUUACUGGAGAAGGAUUCUGGCUACCUGGAGCUUCUAAACCUACCCAGUUUUGAAGCCUCAAGUUUACCUUUUAUUGCUGAAGAGGAGAUUGGACUUAAUCCCAAUCAAAACAAGGCCGUGAAUGAAGGUGCAGACACACCCACUGAUAUCAACUCUGCUUAUGGAGAAAUAGCAGUAUAGAACCUAUUGUGCAUCGUGUAGCUGUGUAGUUUACAAUAAUUAUAAUUAUGCUUAAAUUGUAUGUAUGGUGUUUACUUUGUUGUGGUGAUAACCUAGAGACAUGCACUACCUAUAGCUACCUUUC